AAAAAAGGGUUUGGGGGGGUGGGGGGAAGGCGGCGGGGCCGGAAUGUGAGGCGAGGUGGAGGUGGCGGCUGAGGGUGGAAGAAUGAAAGAAAAGAGAGAUGAAAGAAUGUUGAACCACUUUGUUUGGCUGUAUGAUGGAAGGAAACGGAACUGAGAACUCCUGCAGUAGAACACUUGGAUGGCUUCAACAAGAUAAUGAUGCUAAGCCAUGGCUUUGGAAAUUUUCUAAUUGCUUUUCUCGUUCUGAGCAGACGUUGCCACUUAGUCCCCAAACGAAAGAGUACAUGGAGAACAAGAAAGUUGCUGUGGAAUUAAAGGACGUACCAUCUCCCCUUCAUGCUGGCUCUAAACUUUUUCCAGCAGUCCCACUUCCUGAUAUUCAUUCUCUUCAGCAACCUAAAAUACAGCUUUUAACUGUCCCCAAAGUAAGCUGCUGUGCUCAUUGCCCUAAUGAACCCUCCACUUCGCCAAUGCAUCUUGGAGGUGGUGGUGGUGGUGGUGGUGGUGGUGGUAGUGGAGGUACUAGUAGCUUGAUUCACACGGGCACACUGUUAGACUCGCAAAGCACCAGGACAAUCACGUGUCAGGUAGGGUCAGGGUUUGCUUUCCAGUCUGCAUCUUCACUCCAGAAUGCCUCAGCUAGAAACAGUUUGGCAGGCAUUGCAAGUGACUUUCCCAGCAUGUGUCUAGAGAGUAAUCUGUCUUCCUACAAACACCUGCCCUGUUGUGGAAAACUCCAUUUCCAGUCAUGUCAUGGUAACAUGCACAAGCUGCAUCAGUUUCCGACUCUCCAGGGCUGCACCUCCGCUGGCUAUUUCCCCUGUUCUGAUUUCACAAGUGGGGCUCCGGGGCAUUUGGAAGAGCACAUUUCGCAGUCGGAGCUAACGCCUCACUUGUGCACCAACUCUUUGCACCUAAAUGUGGUACCUCCGGUUUGUUUAAAGGGCUCACUUUACUGCGAAGACUGUCUAAACAAGCCGGCAAGAAAUAGUGUAAUUGAUGCUGCUAAAGUCUGGCCAAAUAUACCACCUCCAAAUACUCAACCAGCACCUCUUGCUAUCCCUCUGUGUAAUGGCUGUGGAACCAAAGGAACAGGGAAGGAGACCGCAUUGUUAUUGGCGACCAGUCUAGGCAAAGCGGCUUCGAAAUUUGGGUCACCAGAAGUUGCAGUAGCUGGACAGGUGCUAGAAAAUUUACCCCCCAUCGGAGUUUUUUGGGAUAUUGAAAACUGCUCAGUCCCCUCUGGCCGGUCAGCUACUGCUGUUGUACAAAGAAUCCGUGAGAAGUUUUUUAAGGGCCACAGAGAAGCAGAAUUCAUCUGUGUGUGUGACAUCAGUAAAGAAAACAAAGAAGUUAUUCAAGAGCUGAAUAAUUGCCAGGUAACAGUCGCCCACAUCAAUGCUACUGCAAAGAACGCUGCUGAUGAUAAACUCCGACAGAGUCUCCGAAGGUUUGCAAAUACUCACACUGCUCCAGCCACUGUGGUUCUUGUGUCAACUGAUGUCAAUUUUGCAUUGGAACUUAGUGACCUGAGACACAGGCAUGGUUUCCACAUAAUUUUGGUCCAUAAAAACCAAGCCUCAUGCCACACUCUGCUCUACGUCUACAAUCUACCAGCAAAUAAAGACGGCAAGAGCAUCAGCAACAGGCUCAGACGCCUGUCUGAUAACUGUGGUGGAAAAGUGCUGAGUAUCACGGGCUGCAGUGCAAUUCUCCGCUUCAUAAACCAAGACAGUGCAGAACGGGCUCAGAAGCGAAUGGAAAAUGAAGAUGUCUUUGGUAAUAGGAUCAUCGUGUCAUUUACUCCAAAAAAUAGAGAACUCUGUGAAACAAAGAGUUCAAGUGCAAUUGCUGAUAAAGUGAAGUCCCCCAAAAAACUUAAGAAUUCAAAACUGUGCCUCAUCAAAGAUACAAAUGAACAAUCUUCCAGUGCCAAAGCCAUGCCUGGAAAAGGGUUGCAGGCAAAUUCUGGAUCUACUGCAAGAAGUACAAGUGUUAAAAGUUUACAGGAGCUGUGCCGCAUGGAGUCAAAGGCAGGUAAUAGAAGCAGUGAGCACCAGCAAGGAGGCAUGAGGCCGGUAGCAUGUCCUCACAGUAACUCAAAUGCUGCAGUGCUGACGUCUAAAAACUUGGGGAUGGCAGAAUCAGUUUACAAAACCAAUCAGAAUAAAGAGAACCUCAGUGCUCGAAGUGUUACCAGUUCUCCAGUAGAGAAAAAAGAUAAAGAGACUGUAUUCCAAGUGAGUUACCCAUCUGCCUUUAGCAGGUUGAUUGCAUCAAGGCAAGUCAGUCCUCUGCUCACAUCUCAGUCUUGGUCUUCUAGGAGCGUGUCUCCAAACCUUUUAAACAGAGCCUCCCCACUUGCUUUCAACGUUGCAAGCUCGAGCAGCGGAGCCGACUGCCUAGACCCAUAUGCAAAUGGUGCUGACAUUCAGGUCAGCAACAUAGACUACAGAUUAUCCCGGAAGGAGCUGCAGCAGCUCGUGCAUGAAGCAUUUUCUAGGCAUGGCAAGGUGAGGAGUGUUGAGCUCAGCCCCCAUACAGAUUAUCAGCUCAAGGCUGUUGUUCAGAUGGAAAACUUACAAGAAGCAAUCAGUGCAGUGAAUAGCCUCCACAGAUACAAAAUUGGUAGCAAGAAGAUCCUGGUCUCACUUGCCACAGGAGCUGCUAAUAAAUCACUGUCUUUACUGAGUGCAGAAACAAUAUCUAUUCUUCAGGAUGCUCCUGCCUGCUGUCUGCCUCUUUUUAAAUUUACAGAUAUCUAUGAAAAGAAGUAA